UAUAUAUGAAUAGAUAUCUUCUCUGUGGCUGAUAACCAAAAAUGGCAAAGAGAGGGGAAAGCUUGAGAGACAAACCUAGAUGGAGUCUUGAAGGCAUGACUGCUCUUGUUACCGGUGGCUCCAAAGGCAUCGGAGAAGCUGUGGUGGAGGAACUAGCCAUGUUGGGAGCAAGAGUUCACACAUGUGCCAGAGACGAAACUCAGCUUCAAGAACGCUUACGUGAGUGGCAAGAAAAAGGGUUACAAGUCACCACUUCUGUUUGCGAUGUCUCUUCUCGUGACCAGCGAGUGAAACUAAUGGAAACUGUUUCCUCUCUCUUCCAAGGAAAACUCAACAUCCUUGUACCCAAUGUGGGAACGGGUGUGGUAAAGCCGACCACAGAGUUUACAGCAGAAGAGUUCUCUUUUAUAAUAGCUACAAAUCUGGAGUCAACUUUCCAUCUCUCGCAACUCGCGCACCCUUUAUUGAAAGCCUCUGGUUCAGGGAACAUUGUGCUCAUGUCUUCCGUUGCCGGGGUUGUAAAUUUGGGUAAUACAUCAAUCUAUGGAGCAACCAAAGGAGCCAUGAAUCAACUGGCGAGAAAUUUGGCAUGCGAGUGGGCGAGUGAUAACAUAAGGGCUAACUCUGUUUGUCCAUGGUUCAUCACAACUCCAUCAAGUAAAGAUUUUCUUGGUGAUAAAGAUGUAAAAGAAAAAGUGGAGAGUGUGACACCAAUGAGACGUGUUGGAGAGGCAAAUGAAGUAUCAUCGCUUGUUGCAUUUCUCUGUCUUCCUGCAGCUUCUUAUAUAACAGGUCAAACCAUUUGCGUUGAUGGAGACGCAUCUCCGUCGUCGGUUUAUGGAUCAACGCGGCCACAUUCGCGGCGGAGGCAGAGGUUUCAGACGGUGUUGCGUGAAGAUUGGGAGAAGAAUUGUAAGCGUAGUAAACAAGAGGGUUUAGCUACAAGAUGUUCCUCUAUUUCUCAAAGCUCUCAGGAUGAUUUCUCUGGGAGUAAAUUACUUAAAACGAAAACGGUAAGAGGUAAUGUCGACGUGUCCGGCGAGUCUCCAAGAUACGGUGUAUCUUCUGUUUGCGGUAGAAGAAGAGAAAUGGAAGAUGCGGUGGCGAUUCAUCCUUCGUUUUCUUCUCGGAAGAACUCGGAGUAUCCUCAACACUACUUUGGUGUGUAUGACGGUCAUGGUUGUUCCCACGUUGCAGCAAGGUGUAGAGAGAGGCUUCACAAGCUGGUGCAAGAAGAACUAAGCUCAGAUGGGGAAGAGGAAAAAGAAUGGAAAACGACUAUGGAGCGUAGCUUUACACGCAUGGAUAAGGAAGUUGUGUCGUGGGGUGAAUCCGUCGUGAGUGCAAAUUGCAAGUGUGAUCUACAAUCACCAGCUUGUGAUUCCGUUGGAUCAACGGCCGUUGUCUCAGUCAUUACGCCGGAUAAGAUUGUUGUUGCUAAUUGCGGUGAUUCUAGAGCAGUUCUUUGCCGAAAUGGAAAACCGGUCCCUUUAUCAACCGAUCACAAGGUCAGUUUCAUUCAGUGGCGGAGCCAGAAAUUUUGUUUAUAGAGGUCAUAAAACAUUUAAAAAAUU